AUGGAUACCCUGUUAGGAUACGAUCUUGUGCGAAAGGAAGUUAGUGUUGGUUCAGACUUUGAAGGUGAGUUGGCGUCUCUCUCCCUGGGUACUUCGUAAGUGGAUAUUCCUCCACGGCGACGUUGCUGUGAGGCUCAUGUGAGCCAUGAUAUCAACCAAAUAGCACAAUUCUUACUAGCACGAUUCCAUUGAAAUCAGAUCCUCAAAGUUGGGACAAAGCGAGAAGGGCACAUAGUGUUGUUCAGAUCCAAUUCUCAAAAUUGGAACAAAGCGAGGAGGCACUGACAACUACAUGA